GCUAUCUAUAUCUAAAACAUCUAGGAAUAGCUUAAACAUUUAGGUGGAACUUUUUAAGAUAAAUUUUACUAAAAUGAAUGUUAUUAUGCAAUUUGUUUUAGCAAUUGUGCUGUUUUUACCCGUUUCAUCUGUACCACAAGUCUUGAAUACUGUUAUAUCUCCGUAUGGUGUUUUAAAACUAGUAGAAAAGAGACGAGUAUUAAACGAAAAACACCUUUUGUUCCUAAACAAACUUUUUAAAACCGAAGACAAUGAAUUAAUUUUUUUAGAAAAUGAUAUAAGACUUUUAAAUUCUCGACAAAAGGAAACACUACGAGAAAAGUACAAUAAAAGAAUAGAAUUUUUACACUGUCAAAAUUCAUGUAUACUGAAGUACAUCGAAAGGAAAAUUAUAGAUGAUCUUCUAUUAAUUGAUGGCAAACCAGACCCAAAAAAAAUAAAAGGAUUUAAAGUAUACAAAACUUAUGUAGAAAAUAUGUUAUCGAUAUUGUUUUAUAAUCAUAUUAAAGCAAAUAAUUGGAUUUUUUCAAUUUAUAUGAAACUUUUAGCUGUAGUUAAAGAAAAUAAUAUAGUUCUAAAUAAAUUUUUUUUCUCAAGAAUUAAAAUGACUAUAGAAAAAUAUAAAAAUAACGUAAUGAACAUUUAUUCUAACGGUAUGUGGGCUAUCGAACCACAUGUCUUCUUGGAACUUCAUUGGAGGAUUCAGCAUAUUAUUUAUACACAUUUUUUACUACAUAUUGCAUUUCAUUUAAACGCAUUUUGGAAUGAAUCGGGCAUAAAUGUUAUCGUAGAAACUGAAUCAUUUGUUUCUGUUAUACAAGAGCAAUAUAAAAAUGUGAAUGUCAAAGAAUUAUGGCAAUCGCUUGUAGCAGAAGAUGAAAAAGAUAAAUAA